AUACUAAGUAGGCUAUUCUGAAUAUGUGUUAUUAUGUUAACAUAAUCCCAGAUUUGGAAAUGUUCAUAAUCUUGACCUUUAGAGCCAAGAGACUUUCACAGUUUAUCGCUUAACAGGAUUACACGCUGACACUAUAUAAUCCAGCGACAGGGAUUUCUUCACCUCCUAGAGCACUUUAAAAAUCUCACAGGUCAUCCAUCGGGAACAUACACACAUCUGACGCUUUGAACCCUUCUGGAAAACAGAGCGGUAUUAAAUUAAAAUCAUACCUGACUUCAUUUAACAAGGGUUGCAUAACUGCUUUUCCAUGAACCACACUUUUGCCCCCUCACACUCAACACUGCUGUGAAUACCCAGCACAGUCUGUAAUAGAUGUGAGCAGUGAUGACUCCCUGGUGGCUGCUGAUGCUGUAGAGCGAUAAUGAAAAGGGCGGAUACGUUGGCAUUACUUGUCCAAGCUUCCCUUUGAGAUAUAUUCACUCAGUGAAGAAUCGCUUUCCUUUGGCCCGGCCGACUGCGGAGGGAGACGCACGUUUCAACAUGUUAACCAUUUGAACCUGGAGAUGAGAGCUGAGCCUGCACCUGUAUGGGACCCUGGGAACAACACCGUUUGGAAGGAGUACGUUGACAUCACCUUUGUGGUGGCGAACAGCUUGGUUUUGCUGCUCACAUCUGCUGUGGGAAUCGUGGCAAAUAUCUUCGUCAUACUAGCAGUUUACAACCAGAAAUCGCUGCAAACCUCAAACAACGCGCUGGUGGUGAAUCUGGCGGCGGCGGACAUCCUGCGAUGUGUCCUCGACUGCCCCGUUCUCUUCGCCGUUGUUUUGACGGUGCAUCACAGGGGACACGGGAACCUGUGGGUCUGCGAUGCACAAGUGGUUUCUUUCUCCUUCAGCUGCUGUGUGCAGCUGUUGACACUGGCCUGCCUCAGCGGAGAGAGACACCAGGCCAUCGCGUUUCCCUUUAAGGCCAGUCAGAGGAAAAAACGGAUUCAAGUGCUGAUUCCUCUCACCUGGAUCUCGGCUUUGGUGCUGGCUGUUUGCUGUUUGACAUUUGUCAAGGACUCACCUGUGCACAUCAAGUGCAAGGGAUUAGUCCGAAACCCAUCGGGGUCCUACGACACCUUUGGCCUUUACAUGCUGCUCCCACUGUGGGUAGCGUGCUUCAGCGUUAUCAUUGGAUUCUAUGCCCGCAUUUUUGCCCUCGUGCGAGCGCACAAUCGUAAAAUAUUUGACCAAGGAGUUCAGAUUCCCAAAAAGAAGCCCGAGCCAGAAGCAAAGCCGCAGCAGGAGAAGGCCGCGGUCGUUGAGAAGGGAGAUGGUGCAGAGAGUCAGGCGCCACCUGUCGCUCAGGUGGAGCUGCUGACGCCAACGGAACAGACGCCGUCAAUGACACACGAUGUUCUACAGACGACAGUAAUGGCUGCACGUGUCCUCCCGGGCUCGGAGCAUGAGAAAGACUCGAAAAAUCUAGUGAUAACAGACUUGGAAAAAGAACAACCUUGUCCUACAUCACAGGUGGCAGCACAGACCGAAGAGAACUUGCUGGAAACGGAGCAGUCCGAGCCUCGUCCGACAGGAACUGAGGCAUCACAAUCAAACGGAGGUGCCGCUGGCAGUGUUAAGUGCUUGACAGCAGAGCCCCAGGAGGUGUUAAGUAAUGUUAACACAGACACUAAAGAAAAGAAAGUGAAAACCAUCCAGACGCCCACUGAAAAGACAGAAAGCGUUCCCCACGUCCCAUCCUCAGCGCUGUCGGAGGAUCCGAAGUCUUCUCUGUUACAGCCUAAAACCGAGAAAGCCGCCGACGCCACUGGAGGGGAAAACAUGGCCGCUGCUCCUACAGUCUCAGACAAACCUCCGGAAACCGAGGCUCAAAACCCAAAUGUUGGGAUAGAGGGCGCUGUUUGCGUCAUGCCUUCAAAAGCGAGCAAAGAGAGAGCAAACAAAAAGAAGGAAAGUAAAAUGGCUAAACGCGCCGGUUACAUCAUCCUGACCUUCCUCUUAUUCUGGCUCCCACUGAUCACAACCAUUCUGAUCAAUUUUGUCGUUCACAAGAACAAGAACUCACAGAGAACCAUCAGUCAGCACGUGGAGGUUCUUUCAGUGUCCGUUUCCUGUAUCACAUCCCUGAGUAAUCCGAUCAUCUACGCUGCAGUGAACCCUCAAUUUCGGACAGAAUUCCACAGAUUGAAAGAUAAGGUUAAAUCCACUUUCAAAAAGGAGGAGUAAUGUUUAUCUCUGAUGAAUUCAUGCGUAUGUCAUAUCCACUGUAAAUCAGGCUAGGGAAAAAAAACAUUUGUUGUUUGUUAACAAGGUUUUAAUGAAUGUUUUUUCUUUGUAGGUCAACUUAUUUUGUGUCUUAUGUUUAGCUUUAGGUCAUUUUUGCUAACUGAAGUGAAUGGGUGUUUGGCUAAAAUGUUUAGGUUUGAUUUAGGUUAGUUAUGUAUUUAGACAAGUUAUUUAUAUCUUUUGUUUAGCUAGCUAUGAGCUAAUUUGACUGUCGUUCAGUUAAUUUGGGAUGAUUUACGGGCUCCGCUCUUUUUAUUUUUGGCCACUUCCAUGUAGCUUUAUUUGAUUUUGCUAGCUUUCUUUUGUUUAUUUCCUCAUUUCUUACCAUACUAACUUUCUGGAGUAGAGAUAUCUUUAGCUAGCUUUAGGCUAACUAAUGGACGUGACCUACUGUAGGAGUUCAAAAGAGACAUUUUUGGUUUCCCGUGGCAUUAGUAUGCACUGUGAUUUCGACUAUUUGUAAGUAUUUCAACCCCAGCCGUUGCUUAGCUAAAAAAAAAAAAUUUUUUUUUUUACCAUAGCAUACCACAUAUUUGGCACCCAACGUUACGUAACCCUGAUCUUCUGAAUUGUAUGCGGUCUGAUUUCUCAGCAUUUCCAGGAUGAGGCGCUACAUGCUGUGAGAAGCUGCAUGAACCUACACAAGCCCAGCAGGUGAAUGCUGCUGACUCCUGUCUCAAACAAUCAGUGAAGCACUUGUCUGUCUCCUGAGAUCCUGCAGCCCAGACCCACAACUGGGCCAGUCAGGUCCUCACAUGUCCUCUGUCAGCUCUUAAUUACUAUCUCAUCUGACAAGGGGGGAGAAAAAAAAAAUACAUUAUGAAAUCAGGCUAAGUGUCUUUUAGCUAUACAGGGGGAAAAAAAGACAUGGAUCUUGCACUGGGUGUUUCAGUAGAGCUACAGUAUUUAUUCUAUCAACUCCACCAUAUGAACAAUGUGUCAUUAUUCGUCCGUCCCUAGCCUAAAUGUCUGCACUCCGUGACAAGAUUGGUAAUUCAAUAAAAGCCAAGUGUGGCAGAACUUGCACAACAUAUCAGCCUCAUAGCGUUUCCUUUCAUCAAUCAUGUUUUUACUGACAGAGCUCCAACAAGAAGAGACAUACUUAAAUAAAACAGAAAUCUGCAAUGACAGCAUGCAAAUUCUUAAGUCAACCAGUAAACAGACAGAAAUAUUGUGCCAACAAUUGCCAACUAAAUCUAGAAAUGAGAGAAACCAACUCCAAAUGCAGUCGAUAAAUUUCUGGGGCUAUUUACAAUAUGAAAAAUGUACAAAAUGGCCCUUUUACACAGUGAGAUCUACCAAGUCCUUUCGAAUGUGGUAAUUAAAGAGGAACAAAAGGGAACCGAUGUUAAAACCUCCUGGCGUGGUCCCGCCCCCCCCCCCCCCCCCGC